GCGGGCGUCGACCCCUGAACCACCACAACACGGUCUGUGGCGCGCAGUAGGCCAGGAGGCCGGCCUCCAGUGGGGGAGAAACGUGGACUCUGUUGCCUUCAUCUGACCGCGCGGUCCUCUUAUACUCGUCCCUUCCGGCCCGGUGGGGAAGCGGAGGGAGAGAAGGGGAGGCAGCAGACGCUGUCCUUCGUAACCUCACUUUCCGUUGAUUUUAUCGUACUUUUGUGUUCUAAACCUCAUUUCGCAUGCUUUCGAGUGUUUUACACGUAGAGCUUUGACAAGUCGCUCGAAUCAAAUUGUACAAAAAUGGUGCAUAAUCAAAUCCGAUUUCAAAAAAUAUGAUAGCCUAAAGUCGCGGGGUAGAGGGGCCCUGCGGAAGAGGGGGAGGUAGGGUCGGGGCCUUUGCCCGGGGCCGGAAGCGACUAGUAUGAGGGAUUACUCGUAGCAUUUCUCGUCCCCGCGUUUCUCUCCCGCUGGAGGCCUCUAGCGCGCAGCACCAACUGCUGUGUGGACGGAGUCUCUUGACCGCAGCACACAAUCUCAGAAACAAGCUGCUACAGCAGUCUGGCGCUGUGCCUCGCCGCUGCACGGGCGUAGACCCCUGGACCACUACAACACAGUCUGUGGAGUGCCGAACUAUUAGCUAUAAGGACGGAGUCUUUUGAACGCGGAACGCGAGCUCAGCUUACAGCACAACCCGCUACAAACUGCAGUGGUCCCAGACAUGGCUUUGCCCCGCAGUCCGUCCCUGGCAUCGUCCCCGCCUGCACUGUCCAGACGCUCGUUCUUCUUCUCCGAAGCGCGGACGGUGCCGUUCAACAGCGCAGCAAAGGUGAAGACACACUGCAAGAAAAAGUGUGGAUAGUACCAGGAAGUAGCGCUGCCAGUGUGAGUCCACGAAUAGGAGUGGACCCGUGCGUUGAAGAUGACAACCUCUGAGGCGGGAAGUGAUGUACACGUCGCAUGCCGGGACUCCAACGUCGCGAUCAGUACGUCAGCUACGGAAAACGAGGAACAAACAGUAACGAGCCGUCCGGGCAUUGACAACCUGCCGAACGAAGUUCUACGUCACAUCUUCUACCAAAUCGCCGAUGGAUUAACUAUCCAAAAAGUGCUACCCGCCGUGUGCACGCGGUGGUCAGAAAUGGCUCCGAAAGCCUAUACCUGGUUCACCAUUACUUGUAUCGUAGAGGGUCUCAAGAACAUACCGCCCGAACUUCAUCCAGUCGUUGAUCACUAUUAUGUCACCUGUUUCCUCUGGCCCACUGAACGACUAGUCAUCCCCGACCAGCGCGUUGUCCGUGACUUAGGUCAACUGCUUGCGUCCCAAAAUCUCUUAAUAAUCAAAGACGAUGUACCAAGAUCCCUCCGCCGGGGGUACCUAGAAUCGGUGUGGCGUAGCCGACACCACCUGAAACGACUUACCUUAGUGCUAGACAAUACAACAAAAACUGACUUGGGUCAUAGCUCUGUGUAUGUGCUCUCCCAAUUGCACUGUCUCGAGCAGUUAUCGGUUUACGUGGAACAUGACUUCGUGUACGAAAAGGGUCAACUGCAGCAACUUUUCCCCAAUCUGGUUGAGCUGGAGGUUGUCGAGAAGGGGACCUGUUCGAAGCAGUAUGACCUGUUCAAAGACCUAUUGGUUGAUGGCCUUGUCAGCGCUAAAUUUCGUCCGGGCUUGAUAGCCAGACCAGACCUGAUCACGGCACUGGAAAGGUGCCAGAAACUGACUCACCUAGACAUGCACUGGGACUACGCCCCUGUCUUUCCGAGUCUGCCUGCCCUCGAGAGCGUUUACGCUCGUUUGACCUUGGACAAUCCAGUUCUAGAUGAAAUUGAGCAGUCCGUUGCCUCAGCGUGCACGCCGACGUUACGGUACUUGCAUUUAAUAGUUAUGUGUAAAAUCUGCCCGGUGUGCCAUAGGACCGUGAGUCACGAUUGCGGAAGAGGAGUGAAAGCAGUGUCAACACUGAGACGCACAGGAUGGGUAACAUUCUUUGUUUGUCGGCAGUUUGGACAAAAUCCCUCCGAAGUCACAGUUUGUUAGCAGCUAGACUGUAAGAAAUAAAUUGAGAAACAGCAAAGGUGCCACUAAAAACAGUCUUGGCAAAAUUUUGGUGAGUUUUCGAAGAGCCUUCCUGAAUCUACGUUGAAUGUUUGUAGGUUAAGGAUAGAAUCUCUGUAAGUGACCUAACAUCCUCGUAAAUCUUGGUAAAUUUACGAAGGUGUCGUCGGCAACAUUUUCACCAGAGGUAACUUCUUUAUACCGAAGGUUUACUUUGACAGUGUAGACUGUCAGCAGCACACUGUUAAAGAAAUGUUGUCAAUUUCCUCACUGAGUGAUCUGAUUGAUGUUUUUCGCGUUUGAUCUGAAGUCAAAGAAAUUUAAUGUCUAAGAACCAAAACACCAUUCUAUCCCAAUGGCAGUUGGUGUAUUCGAUGUAAUUGGACUUGUCGGGGACAAUGCAUUUGGAACAAUGUGAUCUGGUCUAAUUUAUAUUUCUGCUUGUCUGUUCUGAUUGAUGUCUAUUGGUCUUUUGUAUGUGUAUUAUCGUGGUGUUUUAACCAAAUUAAAAUAAGACUUGUUGGGGAGACUGCAUUUGGAGCACUUUGAACCACGCUGUGUCCGGGUCAAAUUUAUAUUUCUACAUGUCUGUUCUGAUUAAUGUCUAUCAGUGUUUUAUCUGUUUAUUUUAUCGAUGUUAAGGAAAUUAAAUGUCUCU